GAUGACUAAUAUAUCUAGUGGGAGAAAGGCUGUUCAGAGGGAGGAAGAGCAGGAGAGCUAAGGUGCUGAGCUGUACACUCAGAAACGGGGAAUCUUGGAGACAGCUGGGAUUUUUGAUUGAGAGACUAAAGAGUGCUGACAAUGUUGAAAGCUGUGCUGAAGAAGAGCCGAGAGGGAGGAAAGGGAAGCAAGAAGGAAACAGGCAGUGACUUUGGUUCAGAGACACCCACCUUGUCCUCCAGUCACAGUGGUGACUCUCCCAUGAGCGGUCUUCCUACAGCAGAAGAUACCUACCGUGUGAGCUUGGCCAAAGGGGUUUCCAUGUCUCUUCCUUCAUCACCUUUGCUGCCUCGACAGUCCCACUUGACACAAUCAAGAUCAAACAAAAAAUCUCCAGGUCCCGUCAGGAAGCCCAAGUAUGUGGAGAGCCCCAGGGUGCCUGGAGAUACAGUUAUGGUCCCGUUCAGAGAAGGGUCCAAGCCCUCAGAGCCCAAUGAGAAUGAAGCAAAGGCCGAUAAUGAACCGAGCUGUUCUCCAGCAGCUCAAGAACUGUUGACAAGGCUGGGAUUUUUACUGGGAGAAGGGAUCCCAAGUGCCACACACAUAACUAUUGAAGACAAAAACGAAACCAUGUGCACAGCUCUGAGCCAAGGCAUCAGUCCUUGUUCCACACUGACAAGCAGCACCGCCUCUCCUAGCACCGAUAGCCCCUGCUCAACCUUGAAUAGCUGUGUCAGCAAGACGGCAGCCAACAAAAGUCCCUGUGAGACCAUUAGCAGCCCUAGUUCCACCCUGGAAAGCAAGGACAGUGGAAUUAUAGCCACAAUUACAAGCUCAUCGGAAAAUGAUGACCGGAGUGGCUCCAGUUUGGAAUGGAAUAAAGAUGGGAGCCUAAGGUUAGGGGUUCAGAAGGGACUGCUUCAUGAUCGAAGGACAGAUAACUGCUUCCCAGUGGCAGAAGAGGAGACCACUGGGUCAGCGGAGAGCGAGCUGCCCAAGGCGGAACCCUCAGCUGGAGAUGGUCCGAUCCCUUAUUCUCAGAGCUCCAGCUCGUUAAUAAUGCCACGGCCCAACUCAGUUGCAGCGACAAGUUCUACCAAAUUGGAAGACCUGAGUUAUUUAGAUGGGCAGAGAAAUGCUCCUCUCCGGACUUCAAUUAGAUUGCCUUGGCACAAUACGGCUGGAGGUAGGACACAGGAAGUUAAAGCACGGUUUGCUCCCUACAAGCCACAGGACAUCUUGUUGAAGCCCCUGCUGUUUGAAGUGCCAAGCAUCACAACUGACUCUGUGUUUGUGGGAAGGGACUGGCUCUUUCAGCAGAUAGAAGAAAACUUGAGGAACACAGAACUGGCAGAAAACAGAGGAGCGGUGGUCGUGGGAAAUGUGGGAUUCGGGAAGACAGCCAUCAUUUCCAAGUUGGUGGCACUAAGCUGUCAUGGAAGCCGCAUGAGACAGAUUGCAUCUAGCAGCCCCAGUUCAUCACCUAAAACAUCAGAUCCCACCCAGGACCUCCCUUUCACGCCGUUGCUUUCACCAAGUUCUUCCACAAGUGCUCUCAGUGUGGCCAAAACACCUGCUGGGGCUGGCAGUGCUGAAAACCAGAGACCGAGAGAGGAUGCAGUGAAAUACCUGGCUUCUAAGGUGGUGGCCUACCAUUAUUGCCAGGCUGACAACACUUACACAUGCCUGGUGCCCGAGUUUGUGCACAGCAUUGCGGCUCUGCUGUGCCGGUCCCACCAGCUGGCUGCCUACAGAGACCUUCUGAUCAAGGAGCCCCAACUGCAGAGCAUGCUGAGCCUCCGCUCCUGUGUGCAGGACCCUGUGGCUGCUUUCAAGAGGGGCGUGCUGGAGCCACUUACAAGCCUAAGAAAUGAGCAGAAAAUUCCAGAAGAGGAGUACAUCAUUUUGAUAGAUGGCUUGAAUGAAGCUGAAUUCCAUAAGCCUGAUUACGGAGAUACACUGUCUUCAUUUAUUACCAAAAUUAUUCCUAAAUUCCCCACCUGGCUGAAGUUGAUUGUGACUGUGAGAGCAAAUUUUCAGGAAAUCAUCAGUGCUCUGCCAUUUGUCAAGCUUUCCUUAGAUGACUUUCCAGACAACAAAGACAUUCACAGCGACCUGCAUGCUUACGUCCAGCACAGGGUCCACAGCAGCCAGGACAUCCUCAGCAAUAUCUCCCUGAACGGCAAGGCCGACGCUGCCCUCAUCAGCAAAGUCAGCAGCCAUCUGGUGCUGCGGAGCCUUGGUUCCUACUUGUACCUCAAGCUCACGCUGGACCUCUUCCAGCGGGGACACCUGGUCAUAAAGAGUGCCAGCUACAAGGUGGUACCCGUGUCUCUGUCUGAGCUCUAUUUGCUGCAGUGCAACAUGAAGUUCAUGACCCAGUCUGCCUUCGACAGAGCCCUUCCCAUUUUAAACGUGGCCCUGGCGUCCCUCCACCCCAUGACGGAUGAGCAGAUAUUUCAGGCUAUCAAUGCUGGCCACAUCCAAGGCGAGCAGGGCUGGGAGGACUUUCAGCAGCGGAUGGAGGCCCUCUCCUGCUUCCUCAUUAAGAGGAGAGACAAAACGCGCAUGUUCUGCCACCCAUCCUUCAGAGAAUGGCUGGUGUGGAGAGCAGAUGGGGAAAGCACAGCCUUCCUGUGUGAGCCCAGGAAUGGACACGCUCUACUGGCGUUCAUGUUCUCUCGACAGGAAAGCAAGCUGAACCGCCAGCAGACCAUGGAGCUUGGCCACCACAUCCUGAAGGCACACAUUUUCAAGGGCCUCAGUAAGAAGACUGGAGUCUCCUCGAGCCAUCUGCAGGCCCUGUGGAUUGGUUACAGCACAGAAGGGCUGUCUGCUGCCCUGUCCUCUCUCAGGAAUCUCUAUACUCCCAACGUGAAGGUGAGCCGGCUCCUGAUUUUGGGAGGGGCCAACGUGAACUAUAGGACAGAAGUGUUAAAUAAUGCCCCCAUCCUGUGCGUCCAGUCUCACCUUGGCCAUGAGGAAGUUGUCACUCUACUUCUGGAAUUUGGCGCCUGCCUGGAUGGGGUGUCGGAGAAUGGAAUGAACGCACUCUGCUACGCAGCUGCUGCAGGCCACAUGAAGCUGGUGUGUCUGCUGACCAAGAAGGGGGCAAGGGUAGACCACUUGGAUAAGAAAGGUCAGUGUGCACUCGUCCACAGUGCGCUUCGGGGCCACAGUGACAUUCUCCAGUACUUACUGAAUUGUGAGUGGGCAGCAGGUCCUCCCCAGCCUGGCACACUAAGGAAGAGCCAAGCCCUGCAGCAGGCACUGACAGCAGCGGCCAGCAUGGGCCACAGCUCGGUAGUCCAGUGCUUGCUGGGAAUGGCAGAGGAACAUGAAAUCGAAGUCAAUGGCACCGACACAUUGUGGGGAGAAACAGCCCUGACUGCUGCUGCCGGGAGAGGAAAGUUGGAGGUCUGUGAGCUGCUGCUGGAGCGUGGAGCUGCUGUGUCUCGGGCCAACAGGAGAGGGGUCCCCCCUCUAUUUUGUGCAGCCCGCCAGGGGCAUUGGCAGAUUGUCAGAUUGCUUUUGGAUCAUGGCUGCGAUGUGAACCUGAGUGACAAGCAGGGUCGGACACCUCUCAUGGUGGCUGCCUGUGAAGGACACCUGAGCACUGUGGAAUUCCUCCUUUCAAAAGGUGCUGCUCUUUCUUCCCUGGACAAAGAGGGCUUGUCAGCAUUGAGUUGGGCAUGUCUGAAGGGUCACAGGGCUGUGGUCCAGUACCUAGUUGAAGAAGGAGCUGAGAUAGAUCAGACAGACAAAAAUGGCCGCACUCCCUUGGACCUGGCUGCCUUCUAUGGUGAUGCAGAAACGGUGCUGUAUCUGGUGGAGAAGGGAGCUGUGAUCGAGCACGUGGACCACAGUGGGAUGCGCCCCCUGGACAGAGCCAUCGGUUGUCGGAACACCGCUGUGGUGGUUACGCUGCUUAGGAAAGGAGCCAAACUAGGAAAUGCCGCUUGGGCGAUGGCCACAUCCAAACCUGAUAUUUUGAUUAUACUUUUACAGAAAUUGAUGGAGGAAGGAAAUGUGAUGUACAAGAAAGGGAAGAUGAAGGAGGCAGCCCAGAGGUACCAGUAUGCACUAAGGAAGUUCCCUCGGGAAGGAUUCGGAGAAGACAUGAGGCCAUUCAAUGAACUCAGAGUCUCCCUGUAUCUCAAUCUGUCUCGAUGCCGAAGGAAAACAAAUGACUUUGGCUUGGCAGAAGAAUUUGCUUCAAAGGCUCUGGAAUUGAAACCCAAGUCCUAUGAAGCCUUUUAUGCCCGGGCAAGAGCAAAAAGGAAUAGCAGGCAGUUCCUGGCAGCCCUGGCUGACUUGCAGGAGGCUGUGAACCUCUGUCCCACAAACCAGGAAAUCAAGAGGCUGUUGGCUCGUGUUGAAGAAGAGUGCAAGCAACUCCAGAGGAACCAGCAGCAAAAACAGCAGGGGCCCCUGCCAGCUCCAUCCAAUGACUCAGAUAAUGAAGAGGACGUGCCAGCCUCUAGCUUAAAAGACCACUUCCCCAUCGAGGAGGCAGAAGAGGAGGAAACCUCCUCGCAGGAAGAAUCCAUUUCCCCGACUCCCAGAUCCCAGCCACCGGCCUCUGUCCCUUCUCCGUAUAUCCGAAACCUUCAAGAGGGAUUACAGUCCAAAGCCAGGCCAGUGUCACCUCAGAGCCGGGCAGGCAUCAGCAAGUCCCUGAGAGAGACUGUAGCUCAGCCAGGCUUGGUUAUGCAGCCUACAAAACAGGCACAGAUAGUGAAGACCAACCAACAUCUGGGUUCUGGGCAGUCUAGUAUGAGGAGCAGUAGCGCAAAACUACAAGUUUCUUCCCAGAACCCUCCGCCAAGUCCCAUGCCUGGUAGAAUAUCUGCAGCCCCUACCGGGAGCAGAAACCAGCAUUUGGAAGGAAAGGGUCCCUUCACUGCAGGAACUGGUUGUGGCCAUUUUGGGGAACGGCUGGGCCCCAGUCAGAAUCUUCAGCUGCAGCGCAGUGAGAGCGGCACUGCAUAUCCUUUACCAAGCAAAGUCAAAGCUGCAGAGCGGCUCUUGGCUCAUGCCUCCAUGACCGUGGAUGUAGCUCCUCCAAGCCAGGGUGGACCAGUGAGCUGCAGUGAUGUGCGGCACCUGGCUUCCCACACUAGCUCCGGCUCUUCUGGCUCUCCAUCCAGCAGCAUUAAGAUGUCAAGUUCAACCAGUAGUUUGACUUCCAGCAGUAGUUUUUCAGAUGGAUUCAAGGUCCAAGGACCAGACUCUCGAAUCAAAGACAAAGGUACCAACCAGGUGCAGGGCGGCACCACUGAACACAGGCCCCGCAAUACUCCAUUCAUGGGCAUCAUGGACAAGACUGCCAGGUUUCAGCAGCAGAGCAAUCCUCCAAGUCGCUCCUGGCACUGUCAGGUGGCAGAGGGGCUACUGACAAACACAGCCACUGCAGCUGGCCUGCAGUCUAACUCCGAGAAGUCCACUCUCAAGCCAGGAGGCUAUUGUAGCCAAGCCAAACCCAGUUCAUUUUCUGCCCUGAGCACAAAUGUCCACAAUGGGGCACAGGUGAAGGAGCUGGAGGAGAGUAAUUGCCAAAUUCCAGCCCUGUGUCAAGACAACAGGAUAACUAAGGGUGUUCCUCACCUGUACCAGGAAAACAUCUCCAAGCAGCCGCCUCAUGUCAGUACGGAAGCCCACAGGAGCCACCUCACUUCAGCGAAACCAAAGCGAUCAUUCAUAGAGUCAAAUGUGUGAGCCUUAAAGCAACCCUGUGUGGUAUCUGGAGUGCAGUCUGUUGGCUCGUGGUAGCGAAUAAUGUCGUCUUCUUCUUCUUUUUUUUUUUUUUUUUCAUUAUAAAAAUUACAUUUUAGCCAUAUAUUCCACCUCCUGGGUGGAUCCGAUGCCAUUGACAUAUUAAAAAUAUAGGAUAAAACUAUAGUAAGUAGCUAGAAAUCACCCACAAGCAGGAAUACUAAACAGAAUUGAAAAUUACAGUCAGCUUCUACCUAUCAAUUUAAAGGCUGCCAAGGAGACAUCAACCUAUGCUGUUCUCUUAGGAGACCAUUUGGUUUGCUAUGUACAAAAGCACAUUUACUUAGAAAAGAAAAGAAAAAAAAAAACAUUGGUAAAAGAUUUUAAUUCCUGACUUAAUAUCUGGAAGUGUGUUCUGGCUAAAAUGGGGAAAUAUUUAAGUUACAGAUCCCUUUAGCCACACCCCAGGUCUUACACAUGCAUAAAAAUUACAACCUGAGUGGUUUCUAGAUGAAUAUAAAUGUGACUGUAAACAGCAGGGUUUUUUUUUUUUUUUUUUUUUUUUUCUUUCUGUGAGGGAAAUAUGAGCACACCCUAGUAUCAUUCCUGUCAUGGCAGUUACUCAGAGGGGAUCAAACACUUACUUCUAUGUUACAGUCUUUUUGCAGAGUAUUUUUAUAGUCCCCUUUUGGAACUAUAUUUAUGCUUCACAGUGUUGCUGAAGAAAGGGAAGAGGCUAUCUAGCAUUUUGAUUGUUACCAGGUCAGAUACUUGCGUGCAAAAGUAAUAAGAGAAGCACUCUUGAUGGUGCCUACAAAUUAUCUCUAACUGGUUCCAGAAGUCCUCAGGACAGUGCUGGAAGUCUCUGAAACAAGCCUCCAAUGUCCUCUAGGGCCAGGGUUUAAACAGGACCCUUGAGGACUGGGUGUUCGUUUUUGUUUUCAUUAUUGCAGUCAUUAUUUCGUAAUCACAUGUUGUAUAUAUAAAUGGCUAGCCCAGUUUUAUUCAGACUUGUAAAUAUAACCCAAAAGAAGUUAAUCUAAAGACAAACAACAGAACCCCGCCAUUGAUCUGCAUGUCCUCUGUAAGCUUCAUCCAUGCUGGUCACUGCACUGAACAAUGCGUUCUCAUGGCAUGUUAACAGUAUACCCGUAACAGCACUUUAUCUCAUUGUAUGAACACCUCUGAGGUGCUAAAGUCCAAGCUGGCCUACUAUUCCUCUGUAAAGAUAAGGUACAGGGAUUCAAGGUAUUUUUAUAUGGAAAAUGGUAUUAUUGGAAGAUGUUCAAAUGCUGGUUUGAGAGAAGUGGGGGAAGUAUUUUAUAUGUUGAGAUGUGAGAUGUAUUUUCUAGAACUGGGGAGAAGGAAGUUCUAUAUUUGCAGAAUGUUUUAAAAAUGAAUAGCCGUGAUGUCCCUGCAAACAUCACGAAGGUUUUUGUACGAAUAGGAACCUUGCAGUAUGACUCAGCGUUUGUUCCUGUGUGUGUAGCGUGCUUUGUACAAAAAGCUAGGCCAUUUGUAUGAGCUUUCUCUGAGUUCUGCUCUAAUUACUAUGGCUAUUUAUUGUUUUCUUUAAUAUUUGUGAAAGUCUUUCUCCUUUGUUAUGUAGUUUGUUUCUGCACAACUACUGUACUUUUCCAUAUGGAAUAAAAACCAUUAUUACAAGUGGGUUGGGCUUCAUUGAUCAGGGGUAAGUAGACAGUAAUAUCUCUUCAACAGCUAUCUGCCUCAUUUUAAUGUUACCCUAAAGAGUGAAAAACGCUUUCAAUAUGCCAACAAGCGCAUGUUUCAUUUUCAUUUCAGAAUAAAGUGGGAGCUCCUAGAAA